AGGGGGGGAAGAAUGAUUCUGACAUUUUUCAGUUUGCUCCCUAAAAUUAAUACUAAUAUGCUCCCGUACUCGUCGAGUAGAGACAGAAGAGUCAUGGCGGCAUGGAACUCGGGGCUCCCUCCGCCGGCGCUGGUCUCACCGCCUGCGCUGAAGCCGUCCCCUCUCCGCCUGCACCGCAGCAACCACCCCAGAAAGCCCCUCUGCCUUCCAUGCGCCCCGCCCUUCUCCUCGGAUACCGACACCGCCGCUUCCCCUCUGGACUCGAGGCCCCGCCGCAUCGCCCUCUUCGUGGAGCCCUCCCCCUUCGCCUACGUCUCGGGCUACAAGAACCGCUUCCAGAACUUCAUCAAGUACCUUCGGGAGAUGGGCGACGAGGUGAUUGUGAUUACCACGCAUGAGGGCGUACCUCAAGAAUUCUACGGAGCAAAGCUCAUUGGAUCAUGGAGCUUCCCCUGCCCAUGGUAUCAGAAGGUUCCACUUUCACUAGCACUAAGUCCUCGGAUUAUUGGAGAAGUUGCUAGAUUUAAGCCUGACAUCAUUCACGCCUCUUCCCCUGGGAUAAUGGUGUUCGGCGCCCUAAUAAUUGCAAAGUUGCUUUGUGUCCCUCUAGUAAUGUCUUACCACACCCAUGUUCCAAUUUAUAUACCGAGAUAUACAUUCAGCUGGCUUGUAAAGCCCAUGUGGUUGAUUAUAAAAUUCUUGCACCGAGCUGCGGAUCUCACACUGGUACCAUCAGUUGCUAUCGGCAGGGAUCUUCAAGCUGCUCGUGUUACGGCAGCCAAUAAGAUACGCCUUUGGAACAAGGGUGUUGACUCAGAAAGCUUUCAUCCCCGUUUUCGUAAUGAAGAAAUGCGUGCAAGGCUAACCAAUGGUGAACCAGAAAAACCACUUAUACUGUAUGUUGGACGUUUGGGAGUUGAGAAAAGCUUAGAUUUUCUUAAGAGGGUCAUGGACCGACUUCCAGGGUCAAGGAUUGCGUUUGUUGGCGAUGGGCCAUUCAGGGCUGAACUUGAACUGAUGUUCACAGGAAUGCCUGUGGUGUUCACUGGUACAUUACAAGGAGAAGAGCUGUCACAGGCUUAUGCCAGUGGAGAUGUGUUUGUGAUGCCUUCUGAAUCAGAAACGCUUGGCUUUGUUGUGUUGGAGGCUAUGUCAUCAGGAGUUCCUGUAGUUGCUGCUCGUGCUGGAGGAAUACCUGAUAUUAUACCAGAGGAUCAGGAGGGUAAGACUAGCUUUCUUUACACACCAGGGGAUGUUGAUGACUGUGUUAGCAAGAUUGAACGUCUCUUGACCUGUGAAGAGUUGAGAGAGACAAUGCGGAAGGCUGCUAGAAAGGAAAUGGAGAAGUUUGAUUGGAGAGCAGCGACGAGGAAAAUUCGGAAUGAGCAGUACACUGCUGCAAUUUGGUUUUGGCGGAAGAAGAGGGCACAGGUAUUGAGACCCAUCCAGUGGGUGGCCCGGAGGCUGUUCAGGCCUACACCUGCUCCUUCCACCACCAAUCAAUCAUAAAUUCAUCAUAUUCAUGAUGCUCGAUUCCAUCAGUUGGAAGCAGAUGAAUCAAAUUUUAGUCAGAUACCUAUACUUGUGAAUCAGUCAUUGUGAUAUGAAUGAUAUGAAUGAGAAUAUGCAUGCUGAAGCAUAUUGGAUGGAAGGAAGCUGAUGCCCGCCAGUUUUUGAACAUAACGCAAGACAUCUUUCAAUAUGCUUUCUUUGCGUUGCCUUCUACUCAAGAUUGUUUCUACUUUAUUAACUGAAAUAUCAAGUGACAAUUUGUGGAUCUAGGUUUUCAGUCGGCAUCUGAGCCUUCGGUGAUAUAUUGUAAAUCUUAGCUGUUUCCUACCAUGCUUACUUCCUUUUUGAUUGUUGUUUUUAGGGAUAGUCCGGUUACAUCUGAUUCCGAUGUUCAACACCCUUUAGGGGAUGUUUGAAAGGGAUGAACUUUGUAAUUAUUGAGUCCUACAUGAAAUUUGUAUGCAUGAAUGAAUUCCAUCUAUAUCUAUACUAAUAUAAAAAAAAGGAGUUGGAAUUUUUCUA